CACGUUCAGGCGAAGGGCGCGCGUAUUAGAGGCGUCAGUUGCCAUAGUAACCAUCAUGGCUGCGCCGGUGCAAGCGUCCCGUGUGUUUGCUUCCCUACAGCCUGCGGACUCGGCGGCCGCACACACGGGCGAGUUAGAAGCCGGUAUAUUAAUGCAGGGAGGGCGGGAGGUGCGAGUGAGCGGGACCGCGGAGCUGAGCGCCUCUCCUGACAGGGCCCGAGUCACUAUCGCACUCUCCAGCAGCAAAGCCGCAGCGGCCGAGGCCAAGGGCAGCGUUCAGAGGCGCCUGGAUUACAUUGUACAGAGCCUGCGGCAGGGGGGAGUCACGGAAGAAAAUAUAACAGUAUCCAAGGAAUUUUACAGAAUAUCAAACGCAUACCAGAUGGAAGCAACGGUAAGCGUUAUAUUCAGUGAUUUUAAUAAACUUUGGAGCAGCUGUAACUUACUUGUUGAAAAACUGGACAACUCGGUAAACAUAAGCCCUCCACAUUUCUAUCAUACAGCAGAUUGCUUGGAAAAACUGAGGCGGGAAGUUUGUCUUGGGGCAGUCACGAAUGCCCGGCGAAAAGCUCAAGAGGUGUGUCGUUUGGUUGGCCACUCGCUGGGGAAAGCUUUAGUCAUCAGAGAAGAAGAGAUGAGGGAAUGGGAAGAUCAGACAGAAGCAGACAUAAAAAUGAAGACUGCCACAAUAUAUGCAGCUUCAAAAGUUUUAGCAACCUUUGAAAUUAAGGGAAAAGAGAGGCACAAAAAGAACAGAUAAGGUAUCUGAGCACAAAAUAAACCUUUAAAGAAUGUUAAUGUUUUGUUUUUUAUGUAUUGGAAAAAAAAAAUAUAUUUUUUAAUUCAAGUAUAUGGUUUAUUUUUUAAAAUCCUUUGUACUGAUUACCAUAUAUACUCGAGUAUAAGCAGAUCCGUAUAUAAGCCGAGGUACCUAAUAUUACCUAAGAAAACUGGAAAAAUGUAUUGACUCGAGUAUAAGCCUAGGGUGGGAAAUGCAGAAGGUACAGGGUCCUGUGACAUAUUAAUCAGGCGUGUCAAUAGUGUGAGCGCUACAAUAUAUAUAUAUAUAUAUAUAUAUAUAUAUAUAUAUAUAUAUAUAAUAUACUGUAUAUACUCGAGUAUAAGCCUAGUUUUUCAGCACCCAAAAUGUGCUGAAAAAGUCAUCCUCGGCUUAUACUCGAGUCGGGUGCCAUGGGUCCCUCCAAACUAGCACCCUCUCUCCUUUGUGUGCAAAUUAGGCUGCCCGCAACCAGACCCUCCAGUUCCCUGGCCUGCUCCUAAAUUCUCACCUGUCCCAUUCUGCACUAGACAUUUGCACUUUAUAUUCUAUAUAAACUAUAUAUAGUUUUAAAGGAUUUUACCUCUUUGUGUUCUAGCUUGGUUGCUGAUUGGGCUAAGGGGGUAGUACUCUUAAGGUAUCAUUGUUGAUACCAUAUUGUUUUUGUUGACCCUUUUCUCCACUUACAGAGCUAGUUUACUGUUUUUCUUUGAAAUGUUUAAAAACAUAUACCCCACUGAUGCCUCAUUUAAUUUAAUUUUAUUGGUAUUUAUUUUGAUUAUUGAAACUUAGCAGUAGCUGCUGCAUUUCCCACCCUAGGCUUAUAGUCGAGUUAAUAAGUUUUUCCAGUUUUCUUAUGUAAAAUUAGGUACCUCGGCUUAUACUCGAGUAUAUACGGUACAUACACAGGCUUGAUAAAGGGCAUAUGCUUUGCCUGAAACGUCGCAUAUGUGAUGUGAUUCUUUUUUAAGACACGUUUUUGCAAUUAUCUGAGUGCUGCUUCUUUUUCUACUGUAUAAAUAUAUAUCGUGUAGCAAUCUAAUAAAUAUGCACAUCCAUGUGUCAAAGAAUUA